AUGGUGACAUCCUUUAGGCACCUGAGGGACGAAAAAAGUUUCACAGACGUGACGUUAGCGUGUGAAGGACAGACGUGUAAGGCUCAUAAAAUGGUCCUAUCUGCGUGUAGUCCCUACUUCAAAAGUUUAUUAGAGGAGAAUCCCUCUAAGCAUCCGAUAAUAAUUCUAAAGGACGUGUCAUACCUGCAUCUGCAAGCGAUCCUGGAGUUCAUGUACGCUGGCGAGGUCAAUGUGUCGCAGGAACAGUUGCCCGCCUUCCUGAAGACUGCCGCUAGGCUUAAGGUAAAGGGCCUAGCCGAGCCGCCGCCACAGAUGCCAAGCAUCAAGCGGGAAGGCUAA